AUGGGUAAAUCCAAUAGUAAACUCAGUGAAGAACAACUUAAGGAGUUGCAAAAAUGCACUUAUUUUAACAAGAACGAACUUCAACAAUGGUAUAAAGGAUUUUUAAAAGAUUGUCCAUCUGGUGAACUUGAUAAACCAGAGUUUCAAAAAAUAUAUAAACAGUUUUUCCCAUUUGGAGAUCCUUCUCGGUUUGCUGAAUUUGUCUUUGAUGUAUUUGACGAAAAUAAAAAUGGAAAAAUUGAUUUCAAAGAAUUUAUAUGUGCACUUUCAGUUACGUCUAGAGGAAAAUUGGACGAAAAAUUAUUAUGGGCAUUUCAAUUAUACGAUAUAGACAAUGAUGGAUUUAUAACGCAAGAAGAAAUGUUAAGAAUUGUGGAUGCAAUUUAUAAAAUGGUUGGUAGUAUGGUUAAUUUACCUUCUGAUGAAGAUACACCUCAAAAACGAGUUAAUAAAAUAUUUACGUUAAUGGAUAAAAAUCAUGACGGUAAACUUAGUAUGGAUGAAUUUAAAGAAGGAUCAAAACAAGAUCCUACAAUUGUUCAAGCUUUAAUUUUAAAAAUUUUAAUUAAUCCAAUUGAUGAUAUUAAAACAAAAUCAGCAUUAGAAGCACUUUCGGAAAUUUAUAAUGUGAAUUCAGUAACUCAAAGGAGAAAUUUGAGAGGAAAUAUUGAACGAAAAGCAAUUGAAGCUAGUUUAAACUUUUUGGAAAUUUUUGGAAAACAAUUAACAGUAAUCGAAUCAGAAAUAAAAGAAAUGAAUACUUUUUGUGAUGAAAUUACCCAAAGUCUUGAAUCGGCAAAUCGGCAAACUGCAUUAUUGGAAACAUGCAAAACGCGUAAAGUUUUAAUUGACGCGUUUUUAGAAAGAUUUACACUUUCCGAAAAAGAAGUUUCAAUAUUAUCAUCUUCUGAAUCAGAAAUUUGUCCAGAAUUUUUUCGUGCUUUAAAACAUUUACAACAAAUUCAUGGAGAUUGUGAAUCUUUAUUAAUUACCGAAAAUCAAAGAGCUGGAUUGGAAAUUAUGGAAAGAAUGAAUUCAAUACAGGAAACAGCAUUUGAUAAAUUAUAUCGUUGGACUCAAACAGAAUCUCGAACUUUAACUCGUGAAACACAAGAAGUUCCUGCGAUAUUAAGACAUGCAUUGAGAGCAUUGAAACAACGUCCUGUUUUAUUUCAAUCAUGCCUCGAAGAACUUGUUCACAUAAAAAGGAAUGCAAUAAUACGAUCAUUUACGGAAGCAUUAACAAGAGGAGGACCAGGAGGGACACCACGUCCAAUAGAAAUUCAUGCUCAUGAUCCAUUACGUUAUGUAGGUGAUAUGUUAGCUUGGGUACAUCAAAAUGUUGCUAGUGAAAAAGAAUAUUUAGAAGGAUUAUUUGAACCAAAAAGUGCCAUAACGGCAUAUAGAAUAUUGAAUUUAAUACAAUUCUAUAAUAUUACUAUAUCAAGAAUUUUGGGACCUAAUGCUUCUUUAUCAAUUGCACUUCAAGAGAUUACCGAGUCAGCAUCUAGAGUAUUUUUCAAUACACUAAAUAGUCAAGCUGAACAAUUACUACGAUAUAUACAAAGUCCGGCUCCAGAUUUGACAUCACCACCUGCAGUGAAAGAUACUAAUGAAAUAAUGGCAUCAUAUGAAACAUCAUUAGUUACAGUUGCAGAACGUGAACAUGAUUUUCGUGCUGUAUUAGAUGCUAUAUUGGAUCCUCUAUUUCAAAUGUGUGAAUUGGGUGCAAAAGAUUUGUCAAAAUUUAAUAAAGCUAUUUAUAUGAGAUUAGAACCGAUAAUUCAAGUUAUGGAAACCAAAGAAGAAAAUAUACCAUUAUCAUUAAUUCAAAACAUGGAUACAAAAUCAUUAACCAAUGUAAUGGCAAGAUUAGAUUCAUUUUUAUCAUUAGCUGAUAAUGGUGAUGACACAUUUAAAUUACAAGGAAAUCCUACUCAAUUAGUUAAAAAAGUUAAUUAUAGAGUAAGUAAAAUGUUUGUUGAUACAUAUAAAAGAAUAAGUGAUGCCAUUAAAGAUCCCAAGAAUAAAUAUGAAUUUCCAGCAACUAUUUUGGCUAGAACUGUUGAUGAAAAUUGUGGAAAUAUAGAACAACUUAAAUGUGCAGUGAAUCUUCUUUUUUAUAAAUUCCAUACACCUAAAGAACCAGAUAUUAUAGCUGCAUUAAAAGCAUGUGGAAGAUUAAUAUCUCUUUUAUUAAAAGUUGCUCAAGAAAUAUUUGAAUCUAUACAUCCAAAAAUGAGAUCCACCACUAUUUAUAAUGUUUAUAUUAAAGUAUAUGGAAGAAUUGGAAUGUUUCUGGCUAAAUGUAUAGCAAUAAGUUAUAUAGUUUUAGGUCAAGAUUUAGAUUUAAUAUUAUUUGAACCAAUGAUGAUGGAAGAAAUUAACAAAGUAAUAAUUACUGGAUUUGGAAUUGGAACUUUUUUAUAUUUUCAUAAAAUGUCAUCACCAGAAGAAAUUCGUAGUUAUAUGUAUACUCAUUUAAUUUUUAGAUUAUUAAUAGAUUCACAUAUUAAUGAAGCUUUAUUGGUAUUUCAUCAUAUGUCAAAAAUAGAAAUUCCUUUAAAUGUUGAAACUUUUAAUGGUUUGGUAAAUUUAAUUUGUAAAAAACUACAUAAACCUAAAUUGGCUUUAAUGAUUAUUGAGAAAUUUCAAGAACACGGAAUUAAACCCAAUUCUAAAACUUUUGCACCUAUUUAUGAUGCUUUUAGGAAUGCUUUGGAUAAGAAUACUAAUAGAAAAACCUUGAGUAGGAAUUCUUUGAGUGGGAACUAUUUGAAUAGUGGUAAUGAUAAUAAUAAUAUUAACAGUGAUGAUUUUUUAAGAGUUUAUAGAUUAAUGACAGAUAAUGAUAUUUGUAUUGAAUAA